CAAGAUUUGAGUGAGUAUAUGCCUUCUAAUUGUAAAAUAAAUUCAAAUUGCUUUUUGCAAUAUGAUAAUUUAUUCAAAAUCAAGGUCAGUGAUCUCACCAGGUGAAGGCCUGAACUCGAUUUUGCACUUGCUUGUAUCUAUUUUAAGAAAGGAAAGUAUUGGCUAUUUCACAGCCAAGAUUUUGAUGAAUCUAAAAUGAUCGAAAGCCCUAAUGAGCAGAUCUGGCUCCCAUUAAAGAACCCUAAUAGACACGUAUUCAAAGACAGAGUGACCAAUUACGGCUACCAGCUUAGAGCUGGAGACAUCAUCAGAUUUGGUAGAGUCAGGUUCUAUGUAAAAUAAAAUCAGCAGUCACCUUAGCAACGAUAUUGAUCUUGGGCAGCCAGAGGAGCUAUCUGCUAGUAAAAUAACCGAAAAAGAGGGAAAUAUUAUGCCUAUGCAGGAGGAUUCCAGAGAAGAUUCAAGCCAUGAAGGCCAAGAUUAUGGGGAUAUUUCAAACAACAAUAUCACAAUGAAUCCUGCUUUGUCCUCCAAAGAUGAGUCUCCUAGAAAAGAGACUAGGACUCUGGGGAACGAAAGAGUCCUCCAUCAACUGAGGAAGUCCUAUGACUCCUCAUUGAUGUUCGAGAGCUAUAACGAGGAAGUCUUGAAUGAAAUAUUGGAAAAGAAAGAAAGUUUCACACAAAUCCAAUUGAAAAGGAACACUAUUUCCUAUCCAGGCAAGGAAAGGAACGAAAAUUCCUGCAGGAUCUGUCUUGAUGAAGAAUUUGACGAUCAAGAUAACCCUAUGAUUUCGCCUUGUAAGUGCACAGGGUCAGUCAAACAAGUUCAUCUCGAAUGUCUUAAGGAAUGGAUCCAGAAUAAAAGGAAUAUUCGGAAUCUGCAUAAUACUCGAUCAUUCAACUGGAAAGAUCUCAAAUGUGAGCUAUGCAAGAGUAUUUACGAGAAUGAGUUUUACCAUAAGUCGAAGAGAUACAAACUGCUGAAUUAUGAGGACGAAAUGACACAACAUUAUUUGGUCCUGGAGUCAUACACCCACACUCCUACCAAAACUAUACAUAUCUGUGAGGUGCCCGACCACCAUUGUGGAAAUUUAGAGUUUGAUGUAGGCAGAUCUUCAGGAGUCUCAGUCAGAAUCACUGAUAUUAGUGUAUCAAGAGUUCAUGCCAGGAUCACCUUCCAUGAUGGCAAGUUUUAUGUUAAGGAUAUGGCAUCUAAGUUCGGGACAGUUACGAGACUUUGGCACCCAAUUUCAAUACCUAAUAAAAAGAAUUAUAAGAUAGAUAUUCAGAUAGGAAGGAGUUCGCUGACAAUUUCUCCACUUCUAAAGACAAUGAAUAGAAAAAUAGGAAAUUAAAAAAUUCACUUUUAGUGAUGAGAAAGAUGUCUCUGAUAGGAUUAACGACAAGCGGCCUGAAAAGGUGCAUACUGAGAUGGAUUUGAUAAAUCAAGAAAAGUAUAAGAAUAUCCCUGCUAGUUUCAAGAAAUAUCUGAUUCUGUUAGAUAAGAUUAUGGAUGCCACUCCCCCAGUGAAGAAAAGUCAGGUUGCCCCUAUUAAUGUUAUUGACGAAGAGAAUGAUGCCUAUGAAAUAAACGACCGCAUGACCAAUAAGAAGAGAGACGAAGAAGAAAAAGACAAAAAUACAGACAUAAUGUGCCAACGGAGAAGAUACCGUGAUAAGAACAACACAGAAUGGCAAACUUUCGGUGUAGAUCGAACUUUUGAUAACUCUGAACAGCAAAGUCUUAACUCUGGGCAUAAAUAUCAAGAUUCAAGCAUUCAUUUAUCAAACGAUCCUUCGAGGAAUCCAUCUCACAGAAGAAGUGCUAAUAGCCAAAUCCUGCAUAACCCGAAUGGGAGGGAUUACAUGAGAGCAAGUAUUCACAACGAAGCUUUACGAGAAAUCUCUGAAGGCAAUGACUCGGGUGUACUGCAAGAAGAAGUAAAGGAAGAGUAAAUUAUUUUAUUUUCAACACUUCUUA